AUGAUCCCGUUACAAGACACUUUGAACCUGAACAACAAAGCAGUGGCACUGUACCAAUCCAAUGAUAUGGCCGGGGCUGCCAAGACAUACUACGAGUCACUUUGUCUUGUCAAGGAAUUGUUGAAGUGUACAAUGACCAUUCCUCGUCAAGGAAGUGGCGUGAACCACCACUCCACAAAUACUUUGCCUCAGCAUGAAUGCUUUCAUACUUCUACUGAGACAUCCAUCAAUCCCCCCAUACAAGAGAAGUUCUUUGUGUAUCAAAGCGCAUUAGUUUUGCAAGAAGCUCCCUCAAUUGGUGCGGAGCAUCGCGUGCAAUCCAUGAAUAUCUGCUGUGCUGGAAUCUUGUUUAACACGGCCAUACUGCAUCACCAAAAGUCGAUCAAGACUGGAAUGUCGGCAUCCAUGUAUCGAGCAGAACAGCUUUACCAAGCAAGCCUUCAGCUCAUUGUGGGGCUUCCACGGUCCAACGAUACGGUGGCCCUCAUUGCAUUUGCAGUCAGUAACAACUUUUUUGAGAAGGCUCAGAUCGAGUUUGAGAAAGGACUGGUGAUGCAAGCGAGUGAAAGACUACGAUUCCUAGUACACCUAUUGUGCUCAUCGGAAAUUACAGCUGGACGAGUCUUCGCGGUUGACGAGUUCCACGGCAUGCUAUCUAACACUCUUUUGGCAAACGGCGUGUCUUCGUCACCGGCUGGAAAAUCAUCUAAUAUUGGAAUAGUUUUGUAA